UCAAAUGUAUGCGUACGAGUAGCCAUGAUUCGUGAGAUGCCUUUGAGAUGUGCUUAUAUUUCCGAUUGCUUUCGAUAGACGCGGUCGCGAAAGGCUUGAAAGGGAGGUAUUGGCCUUAUAAAAUUUGUAGAUGGAAGAGUGGUUUUAUUCUCUCAAAUCAGUCAUCUGCAUCAGGCCGGUCCCGCCGGCUCCGAGAAAAAUUCUCGACUUGACUCUGGCAAUGUUUCGUUUACUACUCAAACCACCAAAAAGGCUGGGUCUAACACCAAAACCUGUCUAUAAUUCGGCGACGAAUCAAUGGAGGUCAAUCACCGCGUCCGCAAUCAGGCUCUCAGAUGCUGUUCCGCCUGUUACUUCCAUAGAGAAAUUGAUACUUGAACACGUCAAGGCUGUAGGGCCCAUGUCAUACGCGACCUACAUGCAGUUCUGUCUCUCGCAUCCCACGGAAGGCUAUUACAUGAAGUCUGCGAACAAUAUUUUCGGAGCCCAGGGCGACUUUAUCACUAGUCCCGACAUCAGUCAAAUCUUUGGAGAAAUGAUUGCUGUUUGGUUGCUCUCGCAAUGGGAAGCAGCUGGUUGUCCUCCGAGUAUACGAUUGGUCGAACUUGGUCCUGGCCGAGGAACAUUGAUCACAGACAUACUGCGUGUCAUCACCACUAUAUCAAAGAAGUUGUCUCAACCAUUGGCUGUCCAGGUUCAUCUAGUGGAAACCAGUCUUUUUCUGAGAGAAAUACAGAGUAGACGUCUAAGCGUGGCACCUACUUCCGUUCAAUGGCAUGAAUCUAUUGACCAUAUAACUCCUUCCGACGACUCAUUUACCAUGCUGGUGGCUCAUGAAUUCUUCGAUGCUCUUCCUGUCCACGUAUUCCGAAAAACCGAAGAAGGAUGGAAGGAGAUGAUGGUAUCCUCCCGAAUAAAUAAGUCCGAAGAUGCAAAUUCAGAACAAUAUCCUCGUUUGCAGCAUGUCCUUUCCCCAGAAACGACUGCCAUUUCGAAUAUUUUCGGCAACUCCUCAUCACGGUUCCAGUCUCUUCCCGUUGGGUCUGAUCUAGAGGUUUCGCCCACGUCGUUUAGACUCGCACGCAAAGUCGGCGAAUUAUUGGCUAAGAGGGAAACACCCACUAGCUCGUCGCCCGGUGGUUGCGGUCUAAUUAUUGACUAUGGUCGUGACCAUGCGUUCGGAAGCUCUCGUAGAGGAUUCAAAGACCACGACGUCGUCGAUAUAUUCUAUCGUCCAGGAGAAUGCGAUCUUACUGCCAAUGUUGAUUUUGCGUAUCUGAAGGAAGCCAUGCAAGAUCUAAUUCCAGUCUACGGACCCAUGUCGCAAAACACGUUCUUGUCCCAGAUGGGUUUCACGAUACGACUGGAACGGCUGUUGCAAAGCAACCAAGGUGAUCAGGCGAAGACGGAUCGUAUUUUCGAGGGUGCAAAACGUUUGAUUGACCCUGUCCAUAUGGGAGAGGAGUAUUCGGUCAUGGGUAUCAGCACUAAUGAGGGUCCAAUCCACCCUUUUAGCGUGUAUCAUCCGCAGUGAUGAGAGUUCUUGCUGGCGGUAGAACGGACCUACGUAUGCUUCUCACCUGUCAAAAAACGUGUUUACAUAGUAUGUAGGUAGGACUCAGAUGAGAUGAAGACCGCGAGGUUGUCGACUCGACAAAUGUAAAUGAUACUUUGACCUGCUCAGUACCCGGACAAGUGGAAGAAAUUAUCAUACGUCCAAACGGUAUGUAACAUUGUAGAUGCAAAGUACGUUCGGGCGGGUAUGUAAGUUAUUUAAAAAAUAAAUGGGUGGCACCGUCAAAACAAGUAGGAAAAGAACA